UCACUCACACAUUACUGGUGCUCUUCCUCCCCUGUCCUCACCCAAGGUGCAUAUAAACCCUGAAUAGCCUGAGGUCUAAGGGUAAGAAUCUCAGAUGCUAGGUGGACAGCCACUGUGUUGUCCGAUACCCUCAACCUGGUCACUGCUUCCGCUAUAACAACCCUAGACCAGGAACAUGAACAAGCUGCUGUUUUGGGUCGUUGUCCUCACCAGCCUCCUGGAAGCCUUUGCUCAAACAGACCUCAGUAGAAAGGUGUUUGUAUUUCCCAGAGAAUCUGCUACUGAUCACGUGAACUUGAUCCCAUCGCUGGAGAAGCCGCUACAGAACUUUACUUUGUGUUUUCGAGCCUAUAGUGAUCUCUCCCGUUCCCAUACCCUCUUCUCCUAUAGCAGCCAGGAUAAGGAUAAUGAACUACUAGUUUAUAAAGAAAAAACUGGAGAGAAUAGUCUAUAUAGUCUAAACAUUGGAAGAAAUGAAGUUGUAUUCAAAUCUACUGAAAAGUUCCCAGCCCCAGUGCACAUCUGUGCAAGCUGGGAGUCCUCAUCAGGUAUUGCUGAAUUUUGGAUCAAUGGGACACCUUUGGUGAAAAAGGGACUGCGACGGGGUUACUCUGUGGAAGCUAACCCCAAGAUUGUCCUGGGGCAGGAGCAGGAUUCCUAUGGGGGCAAGUUUGAUAGGAGCCAGUCCUUUGUGGGAGAGAUUGGAGAUUUGUACAUGUGGGACUCCGUGCUGCCCCCAGAAGAGAUCUUGUCUGCCUAUCAUGGUGCCCCCCUCCCUGCUAAUAUCCUGGACUGGCGGGCUCUGAACUAUGAAAUCAAAGGAUAUGUUAUCAUCAAACCGCUGGUGUGGGUCUGAGGUGCUGACUCAACAGGAGCACGUGAAAAUGAACUGACAUCUAAGAGACCUGCUCAAAGCAGCUGGAUACUAGAUCUCACACCUGCAGCUCUCUCUUCCUUUAAUUUCCUAUCUAUAGGUCUGCCUAAUUAAAAAAAUAUAUUGUAUUACGCUAUCU